AUGGCUGUUAUAAGGAUUAAGAAACCCAGAGGACCAAGGGAGGAAGAGCAGCCAUUAGGAAGCGAGCCCAAAUUAAAGAGAAUUCGCAUAAAGACAAAGGUGACUGAUGAAGAUGUCAAACCAAAGACUAAAUUGAAGAUAAACCUGAAAAAAAAGAAGGAUAAUACUGACGGCCAAGAGAAGAAGAAUUCGUUAAAGCUGAAACUGAACUUGAAAAAAAAUGAAGAAGUAGUUAAGAAGAUACACAAAGCGCCAAAGUUGCGCCUCAAACCCAUUAGAAUUCCUGGGGAAGCAUACGAUUCGGAGGCCUCUGAUAUUGAGGAUGACCCGCUCAUGGAGACUGGUGUAAUACUAAGAAUACUUCCAGACAUACAGUUAGAGUUUGUAAAAAAUUCGUUAGAAUCUGGUGAUUAUUCUGGGAUAAGCAUCAAGUGGAAGAACGAAAGACACGCUAUCGUAACAAUAAACGAUAUAAUGUAUGGUGCCAUUUUAGUGGACCUACCUACUGUGAUAGAGGUGAACAAGAGCGUUGAUAGAAAAAACCUUCUGAAGACAUUUGACGUAUCGCAAAUGCUGCUGUGCAUAAGACCUAUACAGGAAGAAGAAGAAGUAUAUACUUUAGAUGCACCGGAUACAGAAGACCUGGUUGUUAAGCAUUUUGAAGACAUAGAGGACGAAAUUUGGGAAAAUAAAGAAACUUUUUUGAAAGGCUACAAUGGUGCGCCGUUAAGCGAUGUGGAGGCUAAGCAUCUGAAAGAGAUAGCUUUGAAGGGAUAUGACUACAAACACGGAAUAUCACCACCUUUAUACAAUGUUCGAAAUAGGCGAUUUAGGCGGAAAAUGGACCCCAAUGAGAUAGACUAUGUAGAGAAAGUGGUUGAUAUACUUUUGAAGCAAGAUAAACAGGCUGAAGAAGUCAGCUAUGGUCUGGUUGAUAAAAGUGAGCUGCAAACAAAGCAAGAGCGCGUUUCUAAUUGGGAGAAUUUCAAAGAGGAGCCCGGGGAGCCUUUGUCUGGACCUGCUUUAAAGAAAGAAGAAAUACAUACAGCUGCUCCAGCAGUAGGAGAGCAAGAACAAGAACAAGAACAAGAACAAGAAGGAGAAGGAGAAGAAGAAGAAGAGGAAGAAGAAGAAGAAGAAGAGGAGGAUCUUGAUCUAGGUGCUGCUUUUGAAAGUGAAGAAGAAGGUAGUGGUGCCGAGGGAGACAGGGCACACCAACAAGAGGAAGUCGGCGAUGAAGUGGAUCAAGACACAGGAGGGGAAGAUGACGACGACGAGGACGACGGUGACAAUGAAGCUGCAGGCGGGGAAAGUGAUUCUGAGGACGAAAAAGAUGAAAACAGACAGCAUACAGAACUACUUGCUGACGAAUUGAACGAACUAGAGACCACCCUGGCCCAUACAAAGCAUAAAUUAAGCAAGGCCACAAAUCCUCUCCUAAAAAGUAGAUUUAUCGAUAGCAUUAAGAAGCUCGAGAAGGAGGCUGAAUUAAAACGUAAGCAGUUACAACAAACCGAAGAUUCUGCCCAAAAGCAGCAUCAACAUCGCCCUGACGCAGAAAACGCAAACAACAACGAAGAAGAGGAAGAGGAAGAAGAAGAGGAAGAAGAAGAAGUAGAAGACGACGAGGACGACGAAGAAAACGAUGAGGAAGAGGAGAACGACCACGACGGGGAACAAGUACAAGAGAGCAAGGUGAUGCGCGAGGUUGAUGAAGCUCCGGCAGAAGAGACACUCGACCAGAACGAUCUCGAUAUGAUGAUGCUAUUUGGUGCAGAGGGUGAUGAGUGA